AUGAAAGGUACGAAUGAAGAUAAUUUUAACCUUACAUCUAAUUCACAAUCAUCAUCAAAUAUACUACUACAAGAUGAAGAAGUUGAUUCAAAUAAUACUACAAUAACUCAAGAACCAACAUUAUCAUCAUCAACUUUUUCAAGUCCGAAUACUUCUUCUUCUUCUACAUCAGCAAACAAUACAACAACCCAUAAUGAUUUAGAAUCACAAUCACCACCAAGAUUAACUCCAAAACAAAGAAUAAUUAGAAUUAUAAAUCAUUUAUUUCCAAUAAAACAAACUUAUGAAAGAUUAAAUAAUGGUAUACAAACAGGUAGAAUGCAACAUAAUUCACCAGGUAGAUUUAUUGGACAAGGUACAGAUGGAGUUUUCCAAAAUUUAAUGGCAAAACCAGAAACUUUAUCAAUGAUUCAACAACAAGAAAGAGAUUUAUUUCCACCAACUUAUGAAGAAGCUUCACAAGAUUCAAGUCCUGAAUAUUGGGAAUCAACAAUGAUUUCUCCAAUGUAUGAAGAUGAAGUAUUUGUUCAAGGUUUACCAGUAGGAAAUAUAGCAAAUUUCAUAUGGAAUUCAUUAGUUACUAUAGCUUUUCAAUUUAUUGGAUUUAUAUUAUGUUAUUUAUUACAUACUUCUCAUGCUGCAAAACAAGGUAGUAGAUUAGGUUUUGGUAUAAAUCUUAUUAUGUAUGGUUGGAAUAUUUUACCAAUUUAUAUUGGUUCACCUAAAAAAAUCCCCAAGAAAUAUAUUAUAAAUGAUUAUAAUGAAUUUGAAAAUAUUGAUAAAAAUUUUAAAUUUGAAAAUGAAAAUUUAAAAAUUGAUAAUUAUUCACCUCUGGGAUUUUUUAUACAAGAUUCUGGAGCUAAUAAUAAUAAUGAUAGUACUGGUAAUGAUGAUAAUUAUACUACUGCUCCUUAUAUAGCUUAUGGUUUAAUUUCAUUUGGUUUGUUUAUUAUAAUAAAAAGUAUUGUUGAUUUUUAUAAAAUUAAACAAUUAGAAAAAUCAAUUUUAAAUCCAAAUGGUGGUGGUAAUAUUGUGAAUCAAAGUGUUACAAGUCAAGUUGAAAGUCCGAAUUUUGAAGAAACUAAUAAUGAAUCACAACAACAACUGCAACCACCACAACAACAACAACAACAAUCACGACAAAAUAUAGAUGAACUGGAAGAUGAUCCAACGGAAAUGAGAUAA